GCCCAGUCAGCAGGCACACUGAACUCAGGGGCAGAGAAGCGGCCCGAGGCAGCGCAGUGCCACUACAGGGCGCAGGGCACCCAGUGCAGUGGGCUCUCCAUGCGCUACUGCUACGCCCGGGGCACAUGAAGGGCGAGCACCCUGCAGUGGGCGGGAGCCCGUGGCUGGCUGCGGGUGGGGACACCCGGCCUUGGCGGCUGUCCAGCCACCGUCACCAGCCGGGCCGCUCCGCAGCCGCCCCUGCCCAGGGCCUCCAGCUGCGGGGCGGGUGCGCGGACGGGGAAGCCACGCCCGGGCGGGAAAGCGGGACAGAAGGUCGGCGGGCGGACUGGCGCAGGAGCCCGCGCUGAGCAAAUGCUUGUUUAGAAUCUGGAUUCUUUCCUUUUAAAGUAAGAAGAAAAAUGCUUUCCCUGUGUGGUAAAGUGCAGACCGUGUUGGGCCUUGUGGAGCCAAGUCAGCUUGGCUGCACCAUGACCCAUGAACACUUGACAAUGAACUACAGCUGCUGUUAUGUCCCGCCUUCUUCAGGCCAAGAAGCUUUGUCUGAUGGGCCCAUUGAGAUGAAGAACUUGUUUUGGAUUAAACAGAAUCCCUACAGCCAUAAAGAGAACCUUCUUCUGUAUCAGGAAACAGAUGCUGUAAAGGAAGAGCUAUUACAUUAUAAGGCAGCAGGUGGUGGGACUAUAGUGGAAAACACAACCAUGGGUCUCAGCCGAGAUGUAAAGACUUUAAAGAAGCUUGCUGAGGAAACCGGGGUCCACAUUAUUGCCGGUGCUGGGUUUUAUGUGCAUGCCACUCAUUCUUCCGAGACACAAGCUAUGUCAGUGGAGCAGCUUACAGACAUUAUCGUCAACGAGAUACUCAGUGGAGCUGAUGGAACCAACAUCAAGUGUGGUGUUGUAGGAGAAAUUGGCUGCUCAUGGCCUCUGACUGAGAGUGAAAACAGAGUACUGCAGGCAACAGCACAUGCUCAGUCACAGCUGGGCUGCCCCAUUAUAAUCCAUCCUGGCAGGAAUAGUGAUGCCCCUUUCCAGAUUAUUCGCAUUCUGCAGGAGAGUGGGGCUGAUAUCUCAAAAACAGUCAUGUCUCACCUUGACAGGACUAUAUUUGAUGAGAAGAAACUGCUGGAGUUCGCUAAACUUGGAUGCUACCUAGAGUAUGACCUCUUUGGUACAGAAUUGCUUCAUUACCACUUCCAUCCCGAUAUUGAUAUGCCAAGUGACAAUGAAAGAAUUGCAAGGAUUCGGAUGUUAAUUGACGAAGGCUAUGAAGACAGAAUUGUAAUUGCUCAUGAUGUGCACACUAAGAAUCGAUUGAUGAAAUAUGGAGGUCAUGGAUAUUCACAUAUCCUCAAAAACAUUGUUCCUAAAUUGCUAAUAAGAGGCAUACCCCAAACUAUAAUCGAUAAGAUAUUGAUCGAGAACCCAAAACAGUGGCUGACUUUUAAAUAGGGCUCAUGAUUAGAUAUUCACAUCUUGUAUGUGAAGCUUGCUGAGAAAAGUCAGAUUUGUUUCAAUAGAAUGGUCAUUUUAAAGCUAGGUUCUUUUGAGGAAAACUUGUGUGAUGUUCAUAAGACCCCCAAAGAGCAGGUAAUCACUUCCCUUUUUAAUUAGAACAAAAAAUGUUGUGUAUUAUCUCUCCAUCUGAUUACCUCUAAUAAUCUGGUCCUGAAUGAGUUAUUUGUUUUGAGCAUAACUACAGAAUCUUUCCAAGUAAAUAUUGAAAUAACUGCUUCCAAAGAGCAGAUUUAAUACUAAAGUUAGUUAUCAUUCAGGAUUUUUUUUUUUUAAAGAUGCAUCAGCUUAACUACUUGAGGAAAUUUAAAAUGUUUCCAGUUAAAUAGCCCCCUUCUGGACCGAUUUGAUGUUCCUUGUAAUAUUGAUGAUCCUGUUAAUUAUCCUGCUGUUCUUUAAUUAAUGCUUGAAAAAGAAUAUGGCAUUUUUAAAUAGCUACUGUAGAAAACAGAAUAACAGAAGGAAGACAACGUGAUUUCAAAAAAGGUACUGUAUCUCUCAUGAUUACAACUUGUAGAGAUUAUUUUUAAAUGAAAAUAUAAAAGAAUACAUGGAAAAUAUAUUUUUAAUAAAGCAAUUUGUAGACCACUAACAACUUUAUGUUUUAGAAGUCUUUUUUUUUUAAUUAUGUUAAAUUUUGAGUUGAACUUUUGGAAACUUGCAAGUGAAAAUAUGAAAUGUCAUGCAAAUCAGCUUGAUGUUGAAAAGAUGAAAAUCCACAAGGCCAAAUAUAUUACAUAAUACAAUUUAAUGAGUUGUUACAAUUAUAACAAAGGCCAUGAUUUAAUCAGUUUACAAAUCAGUUUGUCAAGAUGUGAUUCAAAAAAGAAAUGUUUGCCUUAUAUAUGUUUUUCAUUUAAAUAUUUGUUCUUUCCUCUAGACCAAUACAGGGGUAAAUAUUUAUUUAUCCAAAGAAAAGAUUGUGUGUUAGCAAUGCCAAUCUCAUUUCAACAGCUUAUUCUUUCACGUGUCCAGCUUUUGAUGUCCUGUGGUAAUGAAGUAUUCCUGGUCACUUCUUGGUGAAUGUGCAUUGCUAGUUAUAAAUGAUUUUUUGCUUGAAACCUUAUUAUUUGAUACCUACAUGAGAAAUCUCCAAGGCUUUGCUGCCAACCACUCUGUAGCGGUGGUCAUCUGCAAUAAAAGCAAUUGUGAUAUGAGUAGAUGUUAAGUCAACUAUGUGUCUAUUAUAAAAUAUAUUUCAUAUAAUCAGUACAGUCCAUUAAUAUGGGUUGUUGUCUUUUUUACAAAGAGAGUAGUAAUGUUUAACCAAACUGAUGUGAUGUAAUGAGGGAACA